UAACAGCUCCUGCCUUUUUUUUCUUUGUUUUGGAUUUCUUCUGCAGCGCCUAUAUCAUAAAGUAUCUGUUUUUGUCUAGUUCAGUAAAGUAACGAAAAAGUAAAACUCCAAUAUAACCACCCGUUUCCCUUUGGUCUAAGGGAGUCGAACAAAAAACUUAAGCUGGUAUGGAUAGUCUUCCUCUUCCCUUCAUCGUCCUCCUGAUCACCCUCUUCACUCCCUUGCAAACUUCAUCAGCCCCUGGCUCAGCAUGCCAGUCCACAUGCGGCUCUCUUCAGGUCAAGUACCCCUUUGGCACCGGCUACGGCUGCGGCUCUCCCCGGUUUCAACCCUAUGUAACUUGCAGCUCCGACCAUCUCCUCCUCACAACUCAUACAGGCUCUUACCCUAUCACCUCCGUAUCUUACAAAGAUUCAACCCUUACCAUAACCCCGCCUUACAUGUCCACAUGCAGCUCCAUGCAACAAUCACCCAACUUGGGCCUUGACUGGGCCAGCCCUUUCCAGCUAGGUCCAUCAAUUUUCCUCCUCCUCUCCUGCACUCCCCCUACGUCCUCCCUCACCAUCAAGGGCUCUCCAGUCUGUGAUCCUUCCUCCUCAGACCUCUGCGCCUCUAUCUACUCUUGCCCUUCCGUCGUCAGCCUCGGCCUCCAUUUGUUCCCUCCUACCAACACUUGCUGCGUGUACUCGCCGGCGAAUUUUAACAGCAAAGGUGAGUUGGACCUGCGUGCAAUGAAAUGUAUAGGGUAUGCAUCAAUUGCCUCAUUUCAGGAUUCUCCAACAGACCCUAGUAGAUGGCAGUACGGGGUGACAUUGAAGUAUACAAAUGGAGCGUUUGAUGAUUAUGACAUGAACAACAAAUGCAAUACUUGUGAAGAUAGUGGUGGUCUUUGUGGAUAUUCUCCUCCUAGUGAUUCAUUUGUCUGCGCAUGUAAGAAUGGUUUCAAUACAUCUACAGCUUGCUACAAUAACUACAAUCCGUUUCAGGAUGACGAGGAUCAGGAGAUUACUUGGAGUUCCACUUCAUUACCAACCUGGAAGAUUUGGCUGGGAUUAUUAGCUGGUCUGACUUUCUGCCUUGCUGCUUGAGAGAGAGAGAGAGCGAGGAAGAAAGCGCAAGCAGGAGAGGGGCCUCAGCCUUUUUUAAAGCAUCUUUUCCUUCGUUUUUUUUUUUCCUUUUUCUAUUAUGCUGCCCUAGAUAUGUUUGUAAGUAGUUAAUUUUCUGGUAGACUCUUAAGAACUAUGCUCCGACAUGGAAAAGUUGUAAAGAUAAUGUUCAGCCAAAAAGGAAGUAUGGACGAUACAAACCGUCCGGCCACAAUGUAAACCAAUAACAGGUUGGCUGCACGAGGACUUGUCAAGACAUGAUCCCCAUUGGAAUACCCUUUUAUUCAAAGCGAGCUUAAUUGCAAAGUUCUGGUUUAAUUAAUGAA